GCAGUUACUUUCCAUCAGAGAAGUUACAGUCUGGAGCUGAAGAAAGUGCCGCCACACCCGAUUGGCUCCUUCCCUUCACUCAAAAACUGAGAAACGGAAAGUGACCCUUUCUCCUUGAGGAUGCAGACCCCCUCUUGAAACCAAAGGAUAACAAGACCUUCUUUAUUUUACCCUUUUCACCCUAAAAGAGUAUUGAUGAUCUCAGUGUUUUGCAGCAGCUCGUGAAGCUUACGGCAGAAUUGUUGAGAUGUUCUUACAAGCCUUUUUAGUUGUUCUGCUCUACACAACUGUGGUCCCCCUCCAGGCUCAAAAUGAUGAAGGAACUUCUUCCUGUGCAGAUAAAACUGAGUGUCCUAUCACGGUGUACUUUGUCAUUGACACAUCUGAGAGCAUUGCCCUUCAGACUGAGCCUAUUGAGAGUCUAGUGAACCACAGCAAGAAGUUUGUCACUCAGUUCGUCAAUAAGUUAGCCAAUGAGGUCUACCAGAACCAAAUAGCCAUAAACUGGCAAAUUGGUGGACUUCACUUUUCAGAUAUAGUGAUUAUCUUUAGUCCUUUGACCUCAAACAAGGCGAUAUUCAAUGAGAAAUUGGAAAAAAUCCGUUACAUUGGUCGGGGCACCUUCACAGACUGUGCCCUCUCCAACAUGACGGCUCAGAUGCCUCUCAGUUCCCCAGGGAUGAAUUAUGCUGUGGUGAUCACUGAUGGCCACGUGACUGGGCAUCCCUGUGGAGGGAUGAAGCAGCAAGCUGACCGAGCACGAGAAGCAGGGAUCAAGCUCUUUGCGGUGGCCCCCAGCAUGAAAAUCUAUGAGCAAGGUCUCCAGGAAAUUGCCAACCUUCCACAUGAGCUUUUCCGGAACAACUAUGCUACCCUAAAGAAAGGCAGUGUUGAUGAGGAUACUGAAACUAUGGAUAAGAUCAUCCAAGUUAUGAAACAUGAUGCCUUUGAAAAGUGCUACAAAAUGAGCUGUCUUGAAAUUCAAGGUCCUCUUGGCCCAAAGGGAUUUCGAGGACAAAAGGGUGCGAAAGGGAACAUGGGGAUUCCAGGCUUUCCUGGGCAAAAAGGACGACAG